AUGGCUACAGUCGACACAACAGCCGCUACCCCGGCUGAGCAACCUCAAGCUUCUUCAACCUCAGAUUUCGAUAUCGUCGAAACUUACCGCGGACUUCUCGCCUCAGACCCAUACCUUACCAAGCCCGUCGCCGCCAUCGAGUCCCUAAUCGCUCUUCUCAACGCCCACCCUUCCACCACCGUUUUCGAGAUCCUCGACACAGUCAAAGCGCACUCCGAUCGUCUCAAAGCCUCCGUUGCGAACCCCGUACCCCUUUCUGCCGGAACAGAUCUCUUUCUUCAGUACCUCGUCUCGUCUCUCCGUCAACAGGAUGGCAGCUUUGAGGCCGUGAGGCAACAUCUUCUCCGAAACGGUCGCCUAUUUGCCCAGCGUGCUAAUGCCGCGCGAGAAGGCAUUGCAGACUCAGGAUGGAGGCUGAUUCAUGAGGGCCAAUGUAUUCUCACACACGGUGCCUCGCGAUCAGUUGUUGGUAUUCUGGAGCGUGCGGUGCAGAACCUCGGUGCAGCCAAGUUCAAGGUUAUCUACGUGCGAGAGGAAACCCGCGUUGAAGAGAGUGAUCGCAUAGUGCGCGAGCUUCGCUCAAAGGGUAUUCCUGUUGCCGAAAUCGCAGAGGCUUCAGUGGCCUAUGUCAUGGGUCUUCUGCGCCAGGUCGAUAUGGUGAUUGUGGGCGCUGAAGCUGUCACAUCCAACGGCGGUAUCAUCUCUCGAAUGGGUACUCUUCAGCUUUCUAAGCUGGCUGCUCAAGCUGGUCUCCCGUUUUACGUUGCUGCCGAGACACACAAGUUUGCGCGCAAAUUUGUCAUGGAUCAACGGGAUAUUGGCUUUAAGCAGGAAAUCCUGGACUUCAGUGUUGAUAACAAGAGUAAGGAUAUAGUCGACGCUGUCGACUUUACUCCCCCUGACCUCAUUUCAAAACUCAUCACAGAGAAUGGGAUUAAGCUUCCUGGCUAUGUGUUUGAGCAGCUUCUCGAUAUCUAUGGUAGUCUCAACGGUUGA